AUGUUCUUCAUACUCACUCUCUCUUACUUCUUCACAUCUUUCUCUUCUCUCAGAUUUCCUCUCUCUUACUUCUUCACAUCUUUCUCCUCUCUCAGAUUUACUCUCUCUUACUUCACAUCUUUCUCCUCCCUCAGAUUUACCCCCUCUUACUUCUUCACAUCUUUCUCCUCCCUCAGAUUUACUCUCUCUUACACUCACUCUCUCUUAAUUCUUCACAUCUUUCUCCUCUCUCAGAUUUACUCUCUUACAUCUUCCCAUCUUUCUCCUCUCUCUGAUUUACUCUCUCUUACUUUUUCACAUCUUUCUCCUCUCCCAGAUUUACUCUCUCUUAUUUCUUCACAUCUUUCUCCUCCCUCAGAUUUCCUUUCUCUUACUUCUUCACAUCUUUCUCCUCCCUCAGAUUUACUCUCUCUUACUUCUUCACAUUUUUCUCCUCUCUCUGAUUUACUAUCUCUUACUUCUUCACAUCUUUCUCCUCCCUCAGAUUUACUCUCUCUUACUUCUUCACAUCUUUCUCCUCCCUCAGAUUUACUCUCCUACUUCUUCACAUUUUUCUCUUCUCUCAGAUUUACUCUCUCUUAUUUCUUCACAUCUUUCUCCUCCCUCAGAUUUCCUCUCUCUUACUUCUUCACAUCUUUCUCCUCCCUCAGAUUUACUCUCUCUUACUUCUUCACUUUUAUUUCCUCUCUCUUACUUCUUCACAUCUUUCUCCUCCCUCAGAUUUCCUCUCUCUUAUUUCUUCACAUCUUUCUCCUUCCACAGAUUUACUCUCUCUUACUUCUUCACAUCUUUCUCUUCUCGCUUAUUUACUCUCUCUUACUUCUUCACAUCUUUCUCCUCCCUCAGAUUUCCUCUCUCUUACUUCUUCACAUCUUUCUCUUCUCUCAGAUUUACUAUCUCUUACUUCUUCACAUCUUUCUCCUCCCUCAGAUUUCCUCUCUCUUACUUCUUCACAUCUUUCUCCUCUCCCAGAUUUACUCUCUCUUACUUCUUCACAUCUUUCUCCUUUCUCUGAUUUACUCUCUCUUACUUUUUCACAUCUUUCUCCUCUCCCAGAUUUACUCUCUCUUACUUCUUCACAUCUUUCUCCUCUCUCUGAUUUACUCUCUCUUACUUUUUCACAUCUUUCUCCUCUCCCAGAUUUACUCUCUCUUACUUCUUCACAUCUUUCUCCUCCCUCAGAUUUCCUCUCUCUUACUUCUUCACAUCUUUCUCCUCCCUCAGAUUUCCUCUCUCUUACUUCUUCACAUCUUUCUCUUCUCUCAGAUUUACUCUCUCUUACUUCUUCACAUCUUUCUCUUCACUGAGAUUUACUCUCUCUUACUUCUUCACAUCUUUCUCCUCCCUCAGAUUUCCUCUCUCUUAUUCUUCACAUCUUUCUCCUCCCACAGAUUUCCUCUCUCUUACUUCUUCACAUCUUUCUCUUCUCUCAGAUUUACUCUCUCUUACUUCUUCACAUCUUUCUCUUCUCUGAGAUUUCCUCUCUCUUACUUCUUCACAUCUUUCUCCUCCCUCAGAUUUCCUCUCUCUUACUUCUUCACAUCUUCCUCUUCUCUCAGAUUUACUCUCUCUUACUUCUUCACAUAUUUACUCUCUCUUACUUCUUCACAUCUUUCUCCUCUCUCAGAUUUCCUCUCUCUUACAUCUUCACAUCUUUCUCCUCCCUCAGAUUUCCUCUCUCUUACUUCUUCACAUCUUUCUCUUCUCUCAGAUUUACUCUCUCUUACUUCUUCACAUCUUUCUCUUCUCUCAGAUUUACUCUCUCUUACUUCUUCACAUCUUUCUCUUCUCUCAGAUUUACUCUCUCUUACUUCUUCACACCUUUCUCCUCCCUCAGAUUUCCUCUCUCUUACUUCUUCACAUCUUUCUCUUCUCUCAGAUUUACUCUCCUUACUUCUUCAUCUUUCUCUUCUCUCAGAUUUACUCUCUCUUACUUUUUCAUCUUUCUCUUCUCUGAGAUUUCCUCUCUCUUACUUCUUCAUCUUUCUCCUCCUCAGAUUUACUCUCUCUUACUUCUUCAUCUUUUCCUCCCUCAGAUUUCCUCUCUCUUACUUCUUCACAUCUUUCUCUUCUCUCCAGAUUUACUCUCUCUUACUUCUUCAUCUUUCUCCUCUCUCUGAUUUACUCUCUCUUAUUUCUUCACUUCUUUCUCUUCUCUCAGAUUUACUCUCUCUUACUUCUUCACAUCUUUCUUUCUCUCAGAUUUUACUCUCUUACAUCUUCAUCUUUCUCCUCCCUCAGAUUUCCUCUCUCUUACUUCUUCACAUCUUUCUCUUCUCUCAGAUUUACUCUCUCUUACUUCUUCAUCUUUCUCUUCUCUCAGAUUUUACUCUCUUACUUCUUCACAUCUUUCUCUUCUCUCAGAUUUACUCUCUUAUUCUUCAACCUUUCUCCUCCCUCAAAUUUCCUCUCUCUUACUUCUUCACAUCUUUCUCUUUCUCUCAUUUACUCUCCUUACUUCUUCAUCUUUCUCUUCUCUCAGAUUUACUCUCUCUUACUUUUUCACAUCUUUCUCUUCUCUCAGAUUUCCUCUCUCUUACUUCUUCACAUCUUUCUCCUCCCUCAGAUUUCCUCUCUCUUACUUCUUCACAUCUUUCUCUUCUCUCAGAUUUACUCUCUCUUACUUCUUCACAUCUUUCUCUUCUCUCAGAUUUACUCUCUCUUAUUUCUUCACAUCUUUCUCCUCCCUCAGAUUUCCUCUCUCUUACUUCUUCACAUCUUUCUCCUCCCUCAGAUUUACUCUCUCUUACUUCUUCACAUCUUUUUCCUCCCUCAGAUUUCCUCUCUCUUACUUCUUCACAUCUUUCUCUUCUCUCAGAUUUACUCUCUCUUACUUCUUCACAUCUUUCUCCUCCCUCAGAUUUACUCUCUCUUACUUCUUCACAUCUUUCUCCUCUCUCUGAUUUACUCUCUCUUAUUUCUUCACAUCUUUCUCCUCCCUCAGAUUUACUCUCUCUUACUUCUUCACAUCUUUCUCUUCUCUCUGAUUUACUCUCUCUUACUUCUUCACAUCUUUCUCCUCCCUCAGAUUUACUCUCUCUUACUUCUUCACAUCUUUCUCUUCUCUCAGAUUUACUCUCUCUUACUUCUUCACAUCUUUCUCCUCCCUCAGAUUUCCUCUGUCUUACUUCUUCACAUCUUUCUCUUCUCUCAGAUUUACUCUCUCUUACUUCUUCACAUCUUUCUCCUCUCUCUGAUGUACUCUCUCUUACUUUUUCACAUCUUUCUCCUCUUCCAGAUUUACUCUCUCUUACUUCUUCACAUCUUUCUCCUCCCUCAGAUUUCCUCUCUCUUACUUCUUCACAUCUUUCUCCUCCCUCAGAUUUCCUCUCUCUUACUUCUUCACAUCUUUCUCCUCUCUCAGAUUUACUCUCUCUUACUUCUUCACAUCUUUCUCCUCUCCCAGAUUUACUCUCUCUUACUUCUUCACAUCUUCCUCUUCUCUCAGAUUUACUCUCUCUUUCUUUUUUCGUAUGUUUAACCUCUUUUUCUUUUCUCUUUCUUUUUCUUCUCCCUAAGAUUUACACAUUCUUUUUUGCCCUUCUCCCCAGCCCUUGA